AAUAGCUAUAAUUUAAAUUAUCGUUGAAUAUUGUUUGUGCAAUUGAAAAACUGUUUUGCGUAGUUAAGAAAAAAAAGUUGAGCAUCUGAAAAUUAUUAAAAUUUUAAAUAAGAAAAUUGUGAAUAUUUCAACAUUUGUUGGAAAGAGGAACGCAGUUGAAAAAUGGUGUCAAUUACUAUGUUUCCUUUAUUUCUGGUUGUCAUUAGCGUAAGCGAAUUAAAAAUAUCAGGAAUUGUUUGCCAAAUAAUAGUUUUAAUUGUGUUACCCAGUUGGGAAUUGCCUUCUAGUUCAAAUAAUGAUUCUAAAAGAAAAAGACCAGAUGAUGUUGCAAAAAAUGAUAUCGAUGUAGAAAAAAAGCCUAAAUCAAAUAGUUGUGAAGAUUGUAAAAAUAUUGUGUAUUCAAAAAAAUUCUAUGCAAUACUUUAUCCCUGUAAACAUGAGUUUUGUACUAAUUGUGCUUGUCGUAUCAUUAAUAACGAUAAAAUAUGUUUUACUUGUAACAAAUUAGUCACUCAUGGAAUUCAUUAUUAAUAUAUAUUUAUUUCGCAAUA